CUACAGGCAGCGUGAGGACAGCCUGUGCCCCAGAAGCAGGAUGAGAAGAUGGCAGACUUCCUGUUACCUCGGGGCACCAGCAGCUUCCGAAGGUUCACCCGGGAGUCCUUGGCGGCCAUCGAGAAGCGCAUGGCAGAGAAGCAAGCCCGGGGCUCGGCCGCCUCACAGGAGAGCCAUGAGGGGCUGCCCGAGGAGGAGGCUCCCCAGCCCCAGCUGGACCUGCAGGCCUCCAAAAAGCUGCCGGAUCUCUAUGGCAACCCACCCCGAGAGCUCAUCGGGGAGCCCCUGGAGGACCUGGACCCCUUCUAUAGCACCCAAAAGACCUUCAUCGUGCUGAAUAAAGGCAAGACCAUCUUCCGGUUCAGUGCCACCAACGCCUUGUAUAUCCUCAGUCCCUUCCACCCCGUCCGGAGAGCGGCUGUGAAGAUUCUGGUCCAUUCGCUCUUUAGCAUGCUCAUCAUGUGCACCAUCCUGACCAACUGUGUCUUCAUGGCCCAGCAUGACCCUCCACCCUGGACCAAGUAUGUCGAGUACAUCUUCACUGCCAUUUACACCUUUGAGUCUCUGGUCAAGAUUCUGGCUCGAGGCUUCUGCCUGCACGCGUUCACCUUUCUUCGGGACCCGUGGAACUGGCUGGACUUCAGCGUGAUUAUCAUGGCAUACACCACUGAAUUUGUGGACCUGGGCAAUGUCUCAGCUUUACGCACCUUCCGAGUCCUCCGGGCCCUGAAAACUAUAUCAGUCAUUUCAGGCCUGAAAACCAUCGUGGGGGCCCUGAUCCAGUCUGUGAAGAAGCUGGCCGACGUGAUGGUCCUCACAGUCUUCUGCCUCAGCGUCUUCGCGCUCAUUGGCCUGCAGCUCUUCAUGGGCAACCUGAGGCACAAAUGUGUGCGCAACUUCACGGAGCUCAAUGGCACCAACGGCUCCGUGGAGGCCGACGGCCUGGUCUGGGAAUCACUGGACCUCUACCUCAAUGACCCAGAAAAUUACUUGCUCAAGAAUGGCACCUCCGAUGUGUUAAUGUGUGGGAACAGCUCCGACGCUGGGACAUGUCCCGAGGGCUACCGGUGCCUAAAGGCAGGCGAGAACCCUGACCAUGGCUACACCAGCUUCGAUUCCUUCGCCUGGGCCUUUCUCGCGCUCUUCCGCCUGAUGACGCAGGAUUACUGGGAGCGCCUCUACCAGCAGACUCUGAGGUCCGCAGGGAAGAUCUACAUGAUCUUCUUCAUGCUUGUCAUCUUCCUGGGCUCCUUCUACCUGGUGAACUUGAUCCUCGCUGUGGUCGCCAUGGCCUACGAGGAGCAAAACCAAGCCACCAUCGCUGAGACUGAGGAGAAGGAAAAGCGCUUCCGGGAAGCCAUGGAGAUGCUCAAGAAAGAGCAUGAGGCUCUCACCAUCAGGGGUGUGGACACCGUGUCCCGCAGCUCCUUGGAGAUGUCCCCUUUGGCCCCAGUAACCACCCAUGAGAGAAGGAGCAAGAGGAGAAAACGAAUGUCUUCAGGGACGGAGGAGUGUGGGGAUGACAGGUUCCCCAAGUCCGACUCGGAGGAUGGUCCCAGAGCAAUGAAUCGGCUCAGCAUCACUCAUGGCCUCAGCAGGACCUCCAUAAAGCAACGCUCCAGCCGCGGGAGCAUUUUCACCUUUCGCCGACGGGACCUGGGUUCCGAAACCGAUUUUGCGGAUGACGAAAACAGCACAGCAGGGGACAGCGAGAGCCACCGCACGUCUCUGCUGGUGCCCUGGCCCCUGCGCCGGCCUAGUGCCCAGGGACAGCCCAGUCCCGCAACCUCAGGUCCUGGCCACGCCCUCAAUGGCAAAAGGAACAGCACCGUGGACUGCAACGGGGUGGUCUCCUUGCUGGGGGCAGGCGACGCUGAGGCUACUUCCCCAGGGAGCCGCCUCCUCCGCCCCAUGAUGCUGGAGCGCCCCCCAGACACGACCACACCAUCGGAGGAGCCAGGCAGGCCCCAGAUGCUGAGCCCCCAGGCUCCCUAUGCAGAUGGCUUCGAGGAGCCAGGAGAGCGGCAGCGGGCCCUCAGCGCUGUCAGUGUCCUCACCAGCGUACUGGAAGAGCUGGAGGAGUCUCACCGCAAAUGUCCACCAUGCUGGAAACGCUUUGCCCAGCGCUACCUGAUCUGGGAGUGCUGCCCACUGUGGAUGUCCAUCAAGCAGAAAGUGAAGUUCAUGGUCAUGGACCCAUUUGCCGAUCUCGCCAUCACCAUGUGCAUCGUGAUUAACACACUCUUCAUGGCGCUGGAGCACUACAACAUGACAACCGAAUUUGAGGAGAUGCUGCAGGUUGGAAACCUGGUCUUCACAGGGAUCUUCACAGCAGAGAUGACCUUCAAGAUCAUCGCUCUCGACCCCUACUACUACUUCCAGCAGGGCUGGAACAUAUUCGACAGCAUCAUCGUCAUCCUCAGCCUCAUGGAGCUGGGCCUGUCCCGCAUGGGCAACCUGUCGGUGCUGCGUUCCUUCCGCCUGCUGCGGGUCUUCAAGCUGGCCAAAUCAUGGCCCACCCUGAACACACUCAUCAAGAUCAUCGGGAACUCAGUGGGGGCCCUGGGGAACCUGACUCUGGUGCUUGCCAUCAUCGUGUUCAUCUUCGCUGUGGUGGGCAUGCAGCUCUUUGGCAAGAACUACUCAGAACUGAGGCACCGCAUCAGCGACUCAGGCCUGCUGCCCCGCUGGCACAUGAUGGACUUCUUCCAUGCCUUUCUCAUCAUCUUCCGCAUCCUCUGUGGCGAGUGGAUUGAGACUAUGUGGGACUGCAUGGAGGUGUCUGGGCAGUCACUGUGCCUGCUAGUUUUCUUGCUUGUUAUGGUCAUUGGCAACCUUGUGGUCCUGAACCUCUUCCUGGCUUUGCUGCUCAGCUCCUUCAGUGCAGACAACCUCACCGCCCCUGAGGAGGACGGGGAGAUGAACAACCUCCAGCUGGCCCUGGCCCGCAUCCAGCGGGGCCUGCGCUUCGUCAAGCGGACCACCUGGGACUUCUGCUGUGGACUCCUGCAGCAGCGGCCUCAGAAGCCUGCAGCCCUUGCCAGCCGCGACCAGCUGCCCAGCUGCAUUGCCACCUCAGGCUCCCCACCACCGCCAGACACAGAGAAGGCGCCUCCAGCCCGCAAGGAGACGCGGUUUGAGGAAGGCGAGCGGCCAGGCCAGGGCACCCCUGGGGAUCCAGAGCCCGUGUGUGUGCCCAUUGCUGUGGCUGAGUCAGACACAGAUGACCAAGAGGAGGAUGAGGAGAAUAGCCUGGGCACAGAGGAAGAGUCCAGCAAGCAGCAGGAAUCCCAGCCUGCGUCCGGCGGCCCAGAGGCCCUCCCAGAGCCCAGGGCCUGGAGCCAGGUGUCAGAGACCACCUCCUCCGGGGCCUGUAAGGCCAGUGCUGCUCUGGCAGAAAGGCGGCAGCAGCGGCAAGCGGAGCCCCCGGCCCCAGGGUGCAGUGAGACCCACGAGGACAGCUACUCUGAGGGGAGCACAGCAGACAUGACCAACACUGCUGACCUCAUGGAGCAGAUCCCCGACCUCGGUGAGGACAACAAGGAUCCGGAGGACUGCUUCACCGAAGGCUGUGUCCGGCGCUGUCCCUGCUGCGCAGUGAACACCACACAGGCCCCAGGGAAGGUCUGGUGGCGGCUGCGCAAGACCUGCUACCGCAUCGUGGAGCACAGCUGGUUCGAGACGUUCAUCAUCUUCAUGAUCCUGCUCAGCAGUGGAGCACUGGCCUUCGAGGACAUCUACCUGGAGGAGCGGAAGACCAUCAAGGUCCUGCUCGAGUAUUCCGACAAGAUGUUCACCUACGUCUUCGUGCUGGAGAUGCUGCUCAAGUGGGUGGCCUACGGCUUCAAGAAGUAUUUCACCAAUGCCUGGUGCUGGCUCGAUUUCCUCAUCGUGGACGUCUCGCUGAUCAGCCUGGUGGCCAACACCCUGGGCUUUUCUGAGAUGGGCCCCAUCAAGUCGCUGCGGACAUUGCGUGCACUCCGGCCCCUACGAGCCCUGUCCCGGUUUGAAGGCAUGAGGGUUGUGGUCAAUGCCCUGGUGGGCGCCAUCCCGUCCAUCAUGAACGUCCUCCUUGUCUGCCUCAUCUUCUGGCUCAUCUUCAGCAUCAUGGGCGUGAACCUCUUCGCGGGGAAGUUUGGGAGGUGCAUCAACCAGACUGAGGGAGACCUGCCUUUGAACUACACCAUCGUGAACAACAAGAGUGACUGUGAGUCUUUCAACGUGACUGGCGAAUUGCACUGGACCAAGGUGAAAGUCAACUUUGACAACGUGGGGGCCGGGUACCUGGCCCUUCUGCAGGUGGCAACAUUUAAAGGCUGGAUGGACAUUAUGUAUGCGGCUGUGGACUCCAGGGGGUAUGAAGAGCAGCCCCAGUGGGAAUACAACCUCUACAUGUACAUCUACUUCGUCAUUUUCAUCAUCUUCGGGUCUUUCUUCACCCUGAACCUUUUCAUUGGUGUCAUCAUUGACAACUUCAACCAACAGAAGAAAAAGUUAGGGGGCCAGGACAUCUUUAUGACAGAGGAGCAGAAGAAGUACUACAAUGCCAUGAAGAAGCUGGGCUCCAAGAAGCCCCAGAAGCCCAUCCCAAGGCCCCUGAACAAGUACCAGGGCUUCUUAUUCGACAUUGUGACCAAGCAGGCCUUCGACGUCACCAUCAUGUUUCUCAUCUGCUUGAACAUGGUGACCAUGAUGGUGGAGACAGAUGAUCAGAGCCCUGAGAAGGUCAACAUCUUGGCCAAGAUCAACCUGCUGUUUGUAGCCAUCUUCACAGGCGAGUGUAUCAUCAAGAUGACUGCCCUGCGCCACUACUACUUCACCAACAGCUGGAACAUCUUCGACUUCGUGGUUGUCAUCCUCUCCAUCGUGGGCACUGUGCUCUCAGACAUCAUCCAGAAGUACUUCUUCUCCCCAACACUCUUCCGAGUCAUCCGCCUGGCACGAAUCGGCCGCAUCCUCAGGCUGAUCCGAGGGGCCAAGGGGAUCCGUACACUGCUCUUUGCCCUCAUGAUGUCCCUGCCUGCCCUCUUCAAUAUUGGCCUGCUACUCUUCCUCGUCAUGUUCAUCUACUCCAUCUUUGGCAUGGCCAACUUUGCUUAUGUCAAGUGGGAGGCUGGCAUCGACGACAUGUUCAACUUCCAGACCUUCGCCAACAGCAUGCUCUGCCUUUUCCAGAUCACCACGUCAGCUGGCUGGGAUGGUCUCCUCAGCCCCAUCCUCAACACAGGGCCCCCCUCUUGCGACCCCAAUCUGCCCAACAGCAAUGGCUCCCGGGGGAACUGUGGGAGCCCAGCUGUGGGCAUCCUCUUCUUCACCACCUACAUCAUCAUCUCAUUCCUCAUUGUGGUCAACAUGUACAUUGCCAUCAUCCUGGAGAACUUCAGUGUGGCCACGGAGGAGAGCACCGAGCCCCUGAGUGAGGAUGACUUUGACAUGUUCUAUGAAAUCUGGGAGAAGUUCGACCCAGAGGCCACCCAGUUCAUUGAGUAUUCGGCCCUGUCCGACUUCGCCGAUGCCCUGUCUGAGCCACUCCGUAUCGCCAAGCCCAACCAGAUAAGCCUCAUCAAUAUGGACCUGCCCAUGGUGAGCGGGGACCGUAUUCACUGCAUGGAUAUACUCUUUGCCUUCACCAAGAGGGUCCUGGGUGAGUCUGGGGAGAUGGACGCCCUGAAGAUCCAGAUGGAGGAGAAGUUUAUGGCGGCCAACCCAUCCAAGAUCUCCUACGAACCCAUCACCACCACACUGCGGCGCAAGCAUGAGGAGGUGUCGGCCACGAUCAUCCAGCGGGCCUUCCGGAGGCACCUGCUACAGCGCUCCAUGAAGCAUGCCUCCUUCCUCUUCCGCCAGCAGGCAGGCAACAGCGGCCUCUCUGAAGAAGAUGCCCCUGAGCAAGAGGGCCUCAUUGCCUACAUGAUGAAUGAGAACUUCUCCCGGCGCCGUGGCCCACCCUCCAGCUCCUCCAUCUCCUCCACAUCCUUCCCACCCUCCUAUGAUAGCGUCACCCGGGCCACCAGCGAUAACCUCCAGGUGCGGGCCUCUGACUACAGCCACAGCGAAGAUCUUGCAGACUUUCCCCCAUCCCCAGACAGAGACCGUGAGUCUGUCGUGUGAGCCUCACUCCCACUGGCCAGGACGCACGGAAAGGCAGGCUGUUGCAUCAUGGCAAACCUGAAUGCAGCCACAAACCAGCAUCUGCUGGGUCUUCCUCGCUUUGGGCUUCGGGAGUGAGAGAUGAGCCUCAGCCCCGUGGAUCGACAAGGCAAAGUUCUGUGGCACCCAUGCUGACGGCCGGAAGCAGUUGGC